AUGAAUAGUAUGGUGACAGCUGGAGAGACAGCAGACAACUGGAAAGACAGUAACCGGGGCAGUGCGGGGGGGGAGGAUGAGCACCCCAACAGUACGGAUAUCCAGGCAACGACCCAGGCUAACGGAAUAAUGACUACGAGCGCAAUCUGCAGUUGUGGCAAGGUCUGUAAGAACCAGCAUGGCUUGAAGAUCCACCAGGCCAAAAUGAAAUGCCUCACAGGGAAGCAGUUGGUGCAACGCGCAGGGCUAGUCCCUGGUGAGACGGAGGAGGAGCCAGGCCAGGAGUCACCCCACAGUGCCCAGUCCCUCCAUGCACAAACUCGCACACCCCAGAACAGGCAUUCAGAACAUCGCCGGAUAAAAUGGCCUGCUGCCAACAAGGUCAGUCAGUGGUCCCAAUUUGAUGAGGACGUGGACCUAGCCCUCAGUGCUACAGCCAGAGGGGAUGCCGACCAGAAGCUGCGGCUCAUGUGCACUUUGAUCAUCAGCAUUGCUGCAGAAAGGUUUGGCACGAAAGAACCACGGGCAGGCAGAAGCGAGGGAGGUCCAAAUCGACGAGAGGGGAAGAUCAGCCAGUUACGACAGGAGUUAAGAUGCCUGGGACGCCAGUACAAGCAGGCAAGGGAGGAGGAGAAGGCAGGCUUGGCAGAACUUCGCAGUAUGUUGAGGAAAAGACUUACCACUCUCAGACGGGCAGAGUGGCACAGGAAAAGGGGCAGGGAAAGAGCGAGGAGACGUGCUGCCUUCAUCGCAAACCCCUUUGGGGUAACCAGGAAGAUCCUCGGGCAGAAACGAGGUGGCAAACUUACCUGCUCACAGGAGGAGGUAGAUGCUUACCUCAGCACCACCUACAGUGAUGCUGCAAAGGAAAAGGACCUCAACCCUUGCAGCACCCUGCUAACCCCCCCAGAUCCAAUCACAGGGUUUAACAUCAAGGAGCCCACCCUAAAGGAGGUUGAAGAGGUCAUCAGAGCGGCAAGAACCAGCUCAGCACCAAGUCCCAGCGGAGUGCCAUAUGUGGUGUACAAGAGAUGCCCAAGGCUGUUGAGGCGGCUCUGGUUGAUCAUCAAAGCCAUCUGGAGAAGAGGUAGGGUGGCCCAGCAGUGGAGACAUGCCGAGGGCAUCUGGAUCCCCAAGGAGGAGAAUUCCCGCUCGAUCGAGCAGUUCAGGGUCAUCUCACUUCUAAGCGUGGAGGGCAAGGUCUUUUUCAGCAUUGUCUCCCAACGCAUGACGGAGUUCCUCCUGAGAAAUGCCUACAUAGACACAUCGGUGCAGAAGGGUGGAGUUCCAAGGGUGCCUGGUUGCAUAGAGGACACAGGUGUAGUUACCCAGCUGAUCAGAGAAGCAAGAGAGGGCAAAGGAGAUCUUGCGGUGCUGUGGCUGGAUCUAGCAAAUGCCUAUGGCUCUAUCCCGCACAAGCUGGUGGAGACUGCACUCAACCUGCAUCAUGUUCCAACUAAGAUCAGGGACCUCGUCUUAGACUAUUACAGUUGUUUUAGUCUGAGAGUCACCAAUGGAGCAUUAACAUCUGCAUGGCAUUGUUUGGAAAAGGGCAUAAUCACUGGUUGCACAUUGUCGGUGAUUCUGUUCUCCUUAGCCAUGAAUAUGCUGGUGAAGUCAGCAGAAGUGGAGUGCAGAGGACCCCUCACAAAGUCAGGUACCCGUCAGCCCCCUAUAAGGGCAUUUAUGGAUGACCUCACGGUGACCACAACAUCAGUACCAGGGUGCAGGUGGAUCUUAAAAGGCCUUGAACAACUCAUCAGCUGGGCAAGGAUGGAAUUCAAGCCCGCUAAAUCUAGGGCACUGGUAGUGAGGAAAGGGAAGGUGACUGACAGGUUUCGUUUCUCUGUGGGAGGCACCCCAAUUCCAUCAGUUACAGAGAAGCCUGUCAAGAGCCUGGGCAAGAUGUUUGACAGUACCCUGAAGGACACCGCAGCUCUGCAAGCAACCAGCAGUGAGCUGGGAACCUGGCUUUCAGCGGUGGACAAGUCUGGGCUGCCAGGCAAGUUCAAAGCCUGGAUUUACCAGCAUGGCAUCCUGCCACGACUCCUCUGGCCACUGCUGGUCUAUGAGGUUCCGCUUACUACUGUUGAGGUGUUUGAGAGGAGGAUAAGUCAACACCUGCGCAGGUGGUUGGGGCUGCCUCGAAGCCUCAGCAGCAUAGCACUCUAUGGCUGUAAGAACAAGCUGCAACUUCCUUUCAGCAGUCUGUCGGAGGAGUUUAUGGUCACCCGGGCCAGGGAGGUGCUGCUGUACAGGGACUCCAAUGACACCAAGGUCUCCUCAGCUGGCAUCGAGGUUCGAACUGGAAGGAAGUGGAAAGCAUGUGAGGCAGUCAAGCUGGCUGAACGGCGGCUGCAACAUGGCGAGCUGGUGGGCACGGUGGCAUCAGGGCGAGCAGGAUUGGGAAGCUCUCCAAGGCCAGUCUACAGCAAGGCCCAAGGGAAAGAAAGGCGCCGGCUAGUCCAAGAUGAAGUCCGGGCUGGCGUGGAGGAAGGCCGCUCCUGCAGGUCAGUAGGCAUGCGGCAACAGGGGGCUUGGACACGUUGGGACCAGGCAUUGGACCGUAAGAUCACCUGGGCAGAGCUGUGGAAGGCUGAACCACACCGGAUUAGAUUCCUGAUCCAGUCAGUCUAUGACACCCUCCCUAGCCCAUCCAACCUGUUUUGCUGGGGCCUAGCAGAGACUCCAGCUUGUCCCUUGUGCCAGAGAAGGGGAUCUCUGGAGCAUAUCCUGAGUUGUUGCCCGAAGGCCUUGGGAGAGGGGCGCUAUCGCUGGCGUCACGACCAGGUGUUGAGGGUUAUAGCUGAGGUGAUCACAGCAGCGAUAGCUCACAGCCGGAAGCAACAUCCAGCAAGGCAAUCCAUCGCCUUUGUUAAAGCAGGGGAGAAGACACAACAGCGUCCAAGUCCACCAGGAGGACUCCUGGCAACAGCACGUGAUUGGCAGCUGAAGGUCGACCUAGGGAGGCAGCUCAAAUUUCCAGAGAACAUCACUGUGACAACACUCAGGCCAGACAUGGUCCUGGUGUCAGAAACAUCAAGACAAGUGGUCCUGCUGGAGUUGACUGUCCCCUGGGAAGACCGUAUGGAGGAGGCCUUUGAGAGGAAGAGAGCCAAGUAUGAGGGACUGGUAGGCGAUUGUCGAAGCAGCGGAUGGAAGACCCGAUGUGACCCCAUCGAGGUUGGCUGCAGAGGCUUCGCAGGCCAGUCCCUGUACCAGGUAUUGAAGCGCCUGGGUGUGAGAGGGCUGCAGAUGCGGAGAGCCAUCAGGAGCAUCACCGAUGCCGCAGAAAAGGCAUCCAGAUGGCUGUGGAUCAAGCGGGGCGAUCCGUGGAAAACCAAAGCUACUUGGGCACAAGCUGGGGACUGAUCACCUCCAGCUGGGUCGCCUGGGUGAGGGUGUCUGAUGUUGAAAGACCCGAAACACCCGAGGACCCCAGGUUACAUCACUGAUGAUGUGCCCAAGUUGCAUCAGA